AUGCUGUCGGCACUCCUCGGCGUAGUAUUCGUUCUUUUCGCAAAUCCUAAUCUGGCAUUAGAGUCCAACCUUGUCCAAGUCGAGCACCUCAGAUCAGCACCAGCGCCAUGGGCGAUCUCCCGUCAAGCAGACCCGGGACAACGGUUCCAACUGUCGAUCGCGCUGGACCGGAGCAAGCAUGUUGAGGACAAGCUCUAUGCCGUGUCCACACCGGGCCAUGAGAAUUAUCGCAAGCAUCUUACCAGAGCUGAGGCCCAGGCACUGCUGAGCUCCGACAGCGAGACCUCCGGGAACGUCAAGGCUUGGCUCAUUAGCAACGAUGUCAACCCUUCUGAUAUCAGGGAUGACAAGCAUUGGAUCCGGGUGACCACCACUGUGGAGAAAGCCAACCGCAUGCUGGACUCCGACUUCGCCUGGUACAAACACAUGGGCAGCGGUAAAGAGGUGCUGAGGACGCUGCGUUACUCCCUACCACAGGAGAUGAAAUCCGAUAUCUCGCUGAUCACGCCCACUACACGUUUCUGUUCACACCCAAUGAUGCACCAGCCCAGACCAGUCCAGAACACCGAGUCCGCGGCUGAUACACAGCUUCCCGAGGAACUGCGCAGGUUGAGGACGAGAGGCUUCGCGGGCACGAACCAGCGCCUGACCCAACAGAAAGCUGCCGCCCAGGUCGACGCAUCAUGUAAUACCACAAUUACUCCAAGCUGUGUGCGUGCUCUGUACAACAUGCCGUCGAACUUGACCUUGAGCAAGGCCAGGGGCCUCGGCGUUUACUCGUCCCAGAACCAGGUGCCGAAGUUCGCGGACUUUGCACUCUUUGCAAAGACCGUCGACCCAACAUCACCGACAACCAACUUUUCCUUCCUGAGCAUCAACAACGCCACCAUUGACCAGAACCAGAACGAGGCUAGCAACCAGGAGCUCCAGUUCGACGUCCAGUACACCGCCACGCUAUCUAGCCCCGUGCCCAACAUCGUGACCGCCGUGACCGGCGACGGGCCCAUCCAGCCAGAGCUGGGCAACGUGCCAGGGGACUCGACGGAGCCGUGGCUGAUCUGGCUCGACGCCAUGCUCGCCCUUCCCGAUGACCAACUCCCUCAUACCAUCACGACCUCGUUCGGUGAGAACGAGCAGUCCCUGCCCGACGGGUACGUGCAGCAGAUCUGCAACCAGUUCGGCGCUCUAGGCGCCAGGGGCGUGACCAUGUUCGCCGCGAGCGGCGACAGCGGGCCCGGCAACGCGUGCGUGUCCAACGACGGGAAAAACAGCACCAAGUUCGACGCCGUCUUCCCGGGGUCGUGCCCCUUCGUAACCGCCGUGGGCGGGACGCGCGGCACGGCUCCCGAGCGGGCCCUGUCCUUCUCGUCGGGCGGCUUCUCGGAGCGCUUCGCAAGGCCCGCCUACCAGGAUAAGGCGGUGCCGGCGUACCUGAGCGGCACCAUCGGGAACCAGUUCCAGGGCCUAUUUAAUGCGUCCGGACGCGGGUUCCCGGACGUCAGCGCGCAGAGCUUCAACGCGACCUUUGCUGAUCAGGGGAAGGUCCUGGUCGGCUUCGCUGGUACGAGUGCGGCCGCACCCAUCUGGGCAGGCAUGGUAGGACAGGUCAAUGCUGCUCUCAUAGCGCAGAACAAAGCACCCAUGGGAUUCAUCAACCCGUGGCUAUACGGCGCUGGGCUGUCUGCAAUGAAUGAUAUCACCACUGGCGCAUCCGUUGGGUGUAAUGGUAAAAGUGGAUUUGGCGAAACCCUCCCACCAGAGCUUGGGGCCAAGGUACUAUAG